GCGUAUUAGUAUAUGACAAAUCAAUAUGGCGGACGGUCUACGUUUGGCGAUUGUCGAUGAAAGCAACGCCUUAUUUCAAGGUCAAAAUGUGUGCAGAAAUGAUGGAUGUUACCAGAGAUGAAGCAAAAAGAAUUCUUAGGAGGUUGGAGCUGGAAGCAUAUUCAUCCAUUAUCAGUGCUUUCCGAGCCCAAGGAGAGUUAAGUCGUGCCAAAAAGAAGAUUUUGCAGGAUUUAGGAACUCAGCUCAGCAUAUCAACUGAACGUCAUAGAGCAGAAGUACGAAGAGCAUACAGUGAUGACAGGCUUGCUAUUGUGGCUGAAAGUAUUUAUGGUGCAGGUAGCUGUGCAGAAUGGGCUGCUGAGGGAAGAAGGCUUGUUCCACUCAUGCCUCGUCUUGUACCACAAACAGUAUUCAGUGCCUCAGCUACUUCUGCCGCCAAUUCUGCAGCUGCGGCAAAUGCUAAGGUUCCGGUUUCUUCAGGCAGUAAAGCUGCUAGUAGUCCCAGUAGUUCAAAUGCCUCGUCAAAUUCAUUGUCUUCAGUCAGUCAGCAGAACAAUUCCAAAGCAUCAACAGUAAAACAGCAGCCCCAGACAGGUGGGACACAAGGAAAUGAUGUGGAUGGUUAUGAUGAUGAUGGCAAACCAAAGCGGAAAAGACGCCUGAGUGUGUCAAGCCUUAACAAGCCAGUGACAAAGGUCACUAUCCCCACCCCUACACUGGUUUCAAAACCUCUCACAAAGCAGACCACGUCAGUUAGUACAAUGACUAAGUCUGGCAAAUCGCUAGGACCAGCAGGGGCAAUAAAAGCCAUACCACGCGCAACACCUCUUUCCGCUUCGGCAUCACAAGUGAAACUACUCACCAAGACAGUAGCAGUGUCGCAGGCUGUCUGUCAGGCCAAGACAGUACUAAGCUACAAGACUAUGACAUCCGUUACUUCAUCACCUGCCAAAGUUCAAACAGUAAUGACUCAAUCUGCAUCCAAGGCUCAAACCAAAGUCACUUCUGGAGCCCCUCCUAAGGCUGUGUUGGCAUCAAAGACCCCAUUGUCAACCACUGCUAAGAAUAUCUCUACAGGAUCAUCAACCCUUGGAGCCACUGCAAGUCCUGUUGGAGUGGCCCUCAAAUCUGGUUUGACUGCAGCUCAGUUAGCAGCAAGACAUAAAGUGAAACCAGCAGUGGCCAGAUUUAAACCUCUUCCUGGAACUGUAAAGUUCAAAUCUGUCACACCCGCCACCAUGGGAACCUGCUCUACUGUUACUAUGGUAACACCCAGUCCUAGUUCCCAGGCCUCCUCAGCUUUACCAGUCUCAAGCACUCAGCCUGUUGUUCGCGUAAUCCAUGUUCCAGGAACUGGCGGUGUUGGCGUAAGCAAGCCAGUGGUUGUCAUGACAACAGGUCUCAGCAAAACAACUGUUGCAGGUAUAGUGCCAGGAAUCAACAGCCCAGCCAGUUUGACAAAGUCGACUUCUCAGGUGGCUCCAAACACUUCAGUUAGCAAGGCUCCAGUUUCUACAACUGCUGGACUGACAUCUCAAACUGCAACAAAAGCCAAAGUUUCCAACACAGCGACUCAGCCAGUAUCAUCAGCAUCCAAAACUGUAGUCAUGACAACACUUGUGGGUGGAACUAAGAGAGUAGUUCUCUCUGUGCCAGCACCCUUACAGGCUGGUCCAAAUAUUUCUACCCCAACUACAUGUUCCUCCCCCCAAGGGAUGGUGAUCACCAAAACGCAAGGAAUUCCAUUGACUUCACCCACUGUCUCUCAAUCUCAGCUCACUUCCAAAAAGGACACUAAGCCAUCUUCAGCCUUAGCCACUGUCUGUCCCAAACCAACUCCUACACAGAUGACACCCAGUCUGUCAGCUCCAACCGUCACCACACAGGUCAGAUCAAGACCUCUCCCUGCCAUUCUUCCUGCUCCUCCCAAACCAUCAAGUGUACCACCAACUGCUGUCUCCAAUACCACGAGCGUCAGGAAGCUUCCCACUAUCUUACCUGCACCAGCAAAAAGUGUCGCAACAGUUCUUCCAACUGUUUUGGUUCCCGUGGCAACUGGUGUAGUUUCGCACGCUGCAGGACAGCUACAGUCCUCAGUACCACUGCAGUCGUCAGUAGCGCUGGCUGUGAAUACUGCUGUUUCGAGCUUACCACCAUUGACUACUGAUGUUGUGGCGCAACAGUUUCCUCCUGUAGCUUCAGAAAGUCAAAGUGCAAGUCAGCAUUCUACUAAUCGGGAUCAUGUAGUUGCCGAGACUCAUGGCGCAGAUCUAACUGACGCUCAUUCGUUAGCAGAACAUUCCGAAUUACCUGCAGCGUCAAGCUCUAGACAGCCAACACUUAAUGAACAAAGCUGUGUGACUGAAUGCGAUAAUAACACAUCAUCUGAAGAUGAUUCUCUUCUCAUGUGCUCUGAAACAAUAGACAGUGCAGGUUGUAAUAUCAUCGAAGCGCCAUCGGCGAUGGAUUUUUUCAAAGGCAUGGCCGAGAGUACACCAGUUAAGGAUCCAGUAGAGCAUAGCACAGAUGAAACUCCGCAAACAUUGCUAGAUUCCGUAGAAGCAGCUUUAGAUCCUGUAUCAUUACAAGAUGUCGAAGUAUCUGUCUCAGAUUUAGAUUCUUUAGAAAAGCAGAAAGAUGCAACAAGUGAAACAGAAACAUCUGAAAAGCAUCUUUUAUCGGUUAAGGAAUCUAUCGAAAAUGUAACCGUUGAGAGAUUGGAUGUUUCAAGUGAAAUUUCUGAUAUGGUCAGGAAUGAUUCGCCUGAGCAUAUUUAUUCGGAGUCAUUACACAUGGAUGAAAGAGAUAAAACUUAUAAAGUCGAUAUGGAUUCAGAUCUUCAGUCUUCACUGCAAGGAGUUCCUCAAGAUGAUCCAAAUGUGGUUAUUGCUAGCAGUGAUGAUGGGUUACCUGUGGAAAAUGCCCUGCAAAUAAUUGAGAGCUUUGUGGAGAGCAUGGAAGGGAGUACAGCAGGGACGUCUGAAGAAACAACACUUGCUGCGAAUGAUAAUGAGCCAUUUGAGUUGCCAUCGGUAUUGUUAGGACCAAUUCAGUCCUCUAGCCAGGAGAGAUCUGACCUGCCUGAGGUACUGACUUCAGAGAUGAAAGGCAAGGUAAUGACUGAUCAUGUUGCUGGUGCGACAGACACUGAUAAACUGACUGUCAUUGAAGGUCAACAAUCUUCAGGUAUUCUAUCAAGAUUUGAAGAUGAGAGCUGGGACAUCUGUGACACACCCAUCGAUGUCUUGUCCACAUCCACAAGCAGUUCCAACAGUGCAACAGAAUGCACAGAACUGACGGAAAAAGAGAUCAGAGCGCUUGAAGCCUUCGGUAAUGUGAGGACAAGUGGAAGGAAAAGAAAGCCUCCUUCGUCACUUGAUGUGUCACCACCACGACAAGUCAGUGGCUGGGUCCGAGGUGCUCUCAGCCUGCUGCAGAAAGUUGCCAGUUAUCGCGGUCAAGGAAGACGAAAAGGUGAUUUUGGUGCUGCUACUUGGUUCCUUAAACCAGUGGACCCUGUUGAUGCUCCGGGAUACUUCAAAGUUAUAAAAACUCCAAUGGAUUUUGGUACAAUAAGAGUGAAGCUGGAGGUUAGUUGUCUUGUCCUAAGUGUAUUAGCUUUAAUUACAUUAGAAUUGAAUGCCAGAAAAUACGAUUGUCUUGUGUGGUACUGUAGGCGCUGUAGAUGUCUAUUAUUUGACGUUUUUGAACUGCCUGUUGUUACUAAGAAUUAUAAAAUAUUUUGUUUUUAUUGUCAGGUGGCUCCAAACACUUCAGUUAGCAAGGCUCCAGUUUCUACAACUGCUGGACUGACAUCUCAAACUGCAACAAAAGCCAAAGUUUCCAACACAGCGACUCAGCCAGUAUCAUCAGCAUCCAAAACUGUAGUCAUGACAACACUUGUGGGUGGAACUAAGAGAGUAGUUCUCUCUGUGCCAGCACCCUUACAGGCUGGUCCAAAUAUUUCUACCCCAACUACAUGUUCCUCCCCCCAAGGGAUGGUGAUCACCAAAACGCAAGGAAUUCCAUUGACUUCACCCACUGUCUCUCAAUCUCAGCUCACUUCCAAAAAGGACACUAAGCCAUCUUCAGCCUUAGCCACUGUCUGUCCCAAACCAACUCCUACACAGAUGACACCCAGUCUGUCAGCUCCAACCGUCACCACACAGGUCAGAUCAAGACCUCUCCCUGCCAUUCUUCCUGCUCCUCCCAAACCAUCAAGUGUACCACCAACUGCUGUCUCCAAUACCACGAGCGUCAGGAAGCUUCCCACUAUCUUACCUGCACCAGCAAAAAGUGUCGCAACAGUUCUUCCAACUGUUUUGGUUCCCGUGGCAACUGGUGUAGUUUCGCACGCUGCAGGACAGCUACAGUCCUCAGUACCACUGCAGUCGUCAGUAGCGCUGGCUGUGAAUACUGCUGUUUCGAGCUUACCACCAUUGACUACUGAUGUUGUGGCGCAACAGUUUCCUCCUGUAGCUUCAGAAAGUCAAAGUGCAAGUCAGCAUUCUACUAAUCGGGAUCAUGUAGUUGCCGAGACUCAUGGCGCAGAUCUAACUGACGCUCAUUCGUUAGCAGAACAUUCCGAAUUACCUGCAGCGUCAAGCUCUAGACAGCCAACACUUAAUGAACAAAGCUGUGUGACUGAAUGCGAUAAUAACACAUCAUCUGAAGAUGAUUCUCUUCUCAUGUGCUCUGAAACAAUAGACAGUGCAGGUUGUAAUAUCAUCGAAGCGCCAUCGGCGAUGGAUUUUUUCAAAGGCAUGGCCGAGAGUACACCAGUUAAGGAUCCAGUAGAGCAUAGCACAGAUGAAACUCCGCAAACAUUGCUAGAUUCCGUAGAAGCAGCUUUAGAUCCUGUAUCAUUACAAGAUGUCGAAGUAUCUGUCUCAGAUUUAGAUUCUUUAGAAAAGCAGAAAGAUGCAACAAGUGAAACAGAAACAUCUGAAAAGCAUCUUUUAUCGGUUAAGGAAUCUAUCGAAAAUGUAACCGUUGAGAGAUUGGAUGUUUCAAGUGAAAUUUCUGAUAUGGUCAGGAAUGAUUCGCCUGAGCAUAUUUAUUCGGAGUCAUUACACAUGGAUGAAAGAGAUAAAACUUAUAAAGUCGAUAUGGAUUCAGAUCUUCAGUCUUCACUGCAAGGAGUUCCUCAAGAUGAUCCAAAUGUGGUUAUUGCUAGCAGUGAUGAUGGGUUACCUGUGGAAAAUGCCCUGCAAAUAAUUGAGAGCUUUGUGGAGAGCAUGGAAGGGAGUACAGCAGGGACGUCUGAAGAAACAACACUUGCUGCGAAUGAUAAUGAGCCAUUUGAGUUGCCAUCGGUAUUGUUAGGACCAAUUCAGUCCUCUAGCCAGGAGAGAUCUGACCUGCCUGAGGUACUGACUUCAGAGAUGAAAGGCAAGGUAAUGACUGAUCAUGUUGCUGGUGCGACAGACACUGAUAAACUGACUGUCAUUGAAGGUCAACAAUCUUCAGGUAUUCUAUCAAGAUUUGAAGAUGAGAGCUGGGACAUCUGUGACACACCCAUCGAUGUCUUGUCCACAUCCACAAGCAGUUCCAACAGUGCAACAGAAUGCACAGAACUGACGGAAAAAGAGAUCAGAGCGCUUGAAGCCUUCGGUAAUGUGAGGACAAGUGGAAGGAAAAGAAAGCCUCCUUCGUCACUUGAUGUGUCACCACCACGACAAGUCAGUGGCUGGGUCCGAGGUGCUCUCAGCCUGCUGCAGAAAGUUGCCAGUUAUCGCGGUCAAGGAAGACGAAAAGGUGAUUUUGGUGCUGCUACUUGGUUCCUUAAACCAGUGGACCCUGUUGAUGCUCCGGGAUACUUCAAAGUUAUAAAAACUCCAAUGGAUUUUGGUACAAUAAGAGUGAAGCUGGAGACUGGGAAAUAUCAAGAAUACACGGAAUUUCAUUCCGACAUGUUACUGGUAAAGUCAAACUGUUUGAAGUACAAUCCUCCCGGACACGAUAUUCGACAGGAUUGCGAGGAAGUCUUCAGAUACUAUGAAACAGAGUAUGCGAAAAUGUUGGAGAGAUGGGAAAAGUGUCACGUGUCCCCUGCUAAAAAGCCGAGGGUGGUGUCAAAGACAGAGUCCUCUGCGCAACAAUGAAACAAUUCUAUUGUUUUACUGGAUUAUUUAAGGUCUCCGUGAAGCUGUAAAAGAGUUUUAACCAAUUUAGGUGACCGCAAUAAGUGACAAAAGUGUUGAGACACUUCUCUAUUAACUUUCUUUAUUUGAGCGUCUUGGAAACAUUUUUCACCCCUUCCUUCCAAGCAAAGUUGAUUUUUCUACCUCUAAUACUGCGUAAAUUACAGCGCCUGCACGACACGUGCCGGGGGUCUCAGAGGAUUAUCGCUAUAUGUGUUUUUAAUAAAAUAAUUAGUAAAACAUCGUAAAGUGUCAGUUUCUAAUAAAAGUGUCUUAGCUACUUUUGUUGCCCAUUGAAGGUUUUGUACAUAAUGUAAUAAUAUUCAUCAAACCUCGUUGUAUAAAAAACGUUUAUGACUUUGCUGGUUUUAAGCCGGCUGUAUAAAUUUCUUCCAAGGUGGUUUGAAUGUGACCAUAUUUCUCUUCUGCUUCGCCUUGCUGUAACUGCCAUACUGGCAAUCUACAGGUAUAAACUGCAUCAAGCACCUUUUGCUAAGCACGUCUGGCUCACGCUUUUGUAUACAUUACUUGCAGAACAUUUUCGGACAAUUUUAAUUUCGGACACAAAAAUUGUCCUAAGAUAAAACCGUCAGAAAUUUUAAGCCUCCGAAAUAUUUACAGUCAAGAGGCUGUAUUUCACAGAACAGUAUAAAAUUUUUAAGUAGCUAAAAACCUCUUAGUUUACUUUAUGGAGCAAACUGUACUAGAGACACUUCUCGAGAUACAUAAUGGCUUGAUAGACUUUGUGUUAUUUUUUCGUCGGUCAAUCUGUAAAACCAUUAGGGUGCAGUAAAACUAUCAUUUUCACAGAUGUUGUUUCAGUCUAAUUCGUGUUUUGUUGGUGCAAAUUUACUUUAAAACUUUCAACAAAGUGUCCGAAAUUUGUCCGAAACGAGAUAAAAAGUGCCCGAAAAUUUAACGUCCGAAAUUUGUCGGCAAAAGGAGUUGACAAAUGGUGGUUUUAUUCGCAAGGUAUCCAAAGAGGUUGCAGUUUUGUGAACAGUUACUGGAAAUAUAACGGAACAUUUAAUAAUAGGAGGCUUUUUGGGAAGAUUUUCUGUACCGCGUAGUUAUUUGCUAACACUAAUAAACGUACAUUUAUCCGUAAACUGCCACUUAUAAGCCCUGGGGCCUGUUCCUCGAAAGCCCUGGAAACUUUUCGGGCCCGU